ACGCCUUGUCUUUAGGGAGCAUGACAGCAAAAAAGGGAGUUGCCAAAGUAUAAUAUUAAAAAGAGGGAGUCUUCCAGAAAACAUUCUAUUGUUUUUACAACAGAGAACAGAUCAGUUUUAUGCAAAGGAAACAUCUGAUUCAGUUGCUUCAGUUCAAAAGGAAUUUGCUGUUGUGGACUGAUUCAAGUGUACAAACAGGAUCUCAGCUGUCACAAGGAGUUAUUUGAAACCUUUUUGUCACGUUUUCAUCUGUUUAUAGCCGUAAAUCUCUUAUCCAAUCAAAUGGCACAGAGGAUGUCUCAUGAAGACAGUGGACAAGAUGGACGAUCCGUCCUUGGGAUGUUAGCCAUCCAGGUGGAGCGAGACCCCAAGACGGGCGCCACCAUUGUUAAAUCGGUAGCCCCAAUCUCCUCAGCUCCUGCUGCUCCAACAUCCACGACCAUCUUUGAUGAUGGAAGGAAAAGCAUCCACACGGUUGGCAGAUUGGAAGGUGAACCUUCCACCAAAGAGCUUGGUGAGAUACUGAGCGUCAUCAAUGAUGUCGGGAUGACGGUGCUGCUUGAUGAAGUAACGGUAACACCGAACAAGCCAGAGGUGACCGCUGGGAAUAUAGAAAGCAGAAACAAACUAGACGAUAACAGCCUGAGUUUUAUCACUCCUAAUGGUACAUCAAAAGAAAACGUUCCACAGUUAGAUAACUCUGAAAACAAAAUGGAAGCAGAGAGGAUGACGCAGAGUUUUACUGUUAGAAAUACGGAUCAUCAAACUAAAGACACUGAAGAAAUUCUGGAAAACUUGGAAGGUAAAAGCUUGGAGGAAGGUCCAGUCACACUGGUGUUCAUGGGUUACACUGACGGAACACCUGAGGAUGUCCAAAACCAAGAGGACUACGAAGGCAUGCUCACCGCAGAGCAUGUGAUUAUUACUGAGGAUGGAGAGGAAUAUGUAGUAGAGCCAGGGAAUUCUGCUCCAAUUCAGUCGGCCUCAACAAAGGAAAGAGAAGAACAGACGGAGGAAAAGCCUCAAGACAAAACCCUUCAAGAUGUUCCACUGGAUGAUGAUGAUGAGGCACAACCUGAAGCCCAGGGAGAAAGCAGUGUUGGAAAUGAGGCAAAGAAGAGGAAGAAGUGCAAGUGUUGCUCUGUCAUGUGAAAUCUAACUAGUAAAGGACACUUUAAAGCCUUAAGCACAUAUUUGCUGUAAUUGAACAAUUUUUUUUUUACUUUAGACAAUGAUCCAUAUUAACUAAAUCUAUCUUAUAUGGUAAGUCUUUGUAUGCAGACGUAUUAAUUAAACUGUAUUGAUCUCACAUUGGAAAAAUUUACCUCUGCAUUUAAUCCAUCCCAUUGGUACGGAAGAGGAUUAGGGCCACUGAAAAAAAAAAAAAAAAAA